AUGGGUUCAAUCACUGAGUACUCUGAUCUUAACCCUUCCGUUGGCUGUUUGAUCGAGGUCACGGCAUCCAAAACCGACGACCAAGAAAUUGUCAACAUUCUCACUGAACAUGGUGGAGUCAUCGUGCGUGGUCUUCUCGAGCUCAAGGUGUUGGAACAGGUCAAGCAAGACUUGAUGCCAUACUUCAAUGAUCAGCUGAGAAAUGAUCCACUGUUUUCCAACAAGGUCAGUGUGGUUACAGGCAUCGCGAGUAAGAGCCCGAGCUACAUUGAGCAUUUCAUCGGAAAUCCGCUAUACUCGGCUGUAUGCGAUCGACUGUUGAGCUCGUCACACACAUGCUGGUAUGGAAAUGAAAAGCAUACCUUUGAAUCCCUGCCGCAGGUCAACACUGCGGCAGCUUUCCUUACAUCCCCCGGCAACACACUCCAGAACCUUCAUCGUGACGAUAUGGGCCACCACAACCGCCUGAGCGCUAUUACCUCGGCUGAAUACAAGGUGGGCCGGGACACAGUGGUCGGUAUAUUCGUGGCCGGUUCUCAAACGACCAAAGAGAAUGGCGCCACUCGCUUCAUCCCUGGCUCGCACCUGUGGGAUACGAUGCACCCACCUGACGAUAGCCUAUCUGUUUAUGUAGAGCUCCAACCUGGGGACGUCUUUCUUAUGCUAGGCUCCUGCUACCAUGGCGCCUCGGUAAAUGCUAGUCAAGAGCAGCGUCUUGUCUACUCUUCCUUCAUGACCAAAAGUGUUCUCCGACAGGAAGAAAACCAGUAUCUAUCAGUUCCAGUCGAAGAUUUGCGCAAAAUCUCCCCUCGAAUGCAGAAACGACUCGGUUUCGCUGCCAGUAAUCCUCUACAUGGCUGGGUAGAUUUAAAGGAUCCAAUGAUGUUGCUUGGGUUGGAGGGCAGGAGCGAUCUGAAG